AUGAAGCGCCUUUUGCCAGCGGCCGCUUGGAUUGCCGCCGCGUUGGAUACCUUGUCUCCGGAUCCCGGAGAAUUGGAGUACGAACAUGUCGUCGCAAGCAGCGCAGGCAUGAUCUAUGCGCUGGGCGGAUCUCAGUCCUCGCUAAUACGAAUCGAUCCUUACUCAGAGUAUGCUAUCGCGGAGCCGGAGGAGAGCGCGUCUUCUUCACCCGCCUUCACUCAGCUCCUUGAGGCUUCGAGCUCCCUGUAUGCACUCCCCUGUGCGGCCCGGCAUGUUCUACAGCUUUCGCCGACUUCCGGUGCUUCGCAGGACGUUGGACCCGACCUCGGCUUGCUCUCAUGCAAAUGGAGGCACGCGGCCGUGAGCCAAGGAGGCGAAAUCUAUGCCAUGCCAUGGCAAGCGGAUCGCGUGCUGCGGAUUCAGCCCACGACCAGCAAAGUGUCGCUGCUGGGAUCUUUGUCCACGACUCCCGAGGGUAAGUAUGGUUUCUCCGUGCGAGCGGGUGGGUACGUUUGUGGCAUCCCAUGGGCUGCUACAGAGGUCACCUGUGUACAGACUAUGACGGACUCCCUGGUUUCCUUCGGAGACUUUUCUGGUGAUGUGGCGCAGUGGCGCAAUGCUGCUGCGAAUGGAGAUGGAGUAAUCUUUGCCUUGCCGAUCUUGGCUUCAGCCAUCCUCAGGAUAGAUCCGCGAGGGCGCGUCGCCGAGACUUUGGGAUCUCUGCCCUCAGGUCGCUUUCGGUGGACACCCGGGCCGAGCUUCAAAGAUCACCUGCUGGGACUACCGGACUCAGAGUGCUCGAUUCUUCUGGCUGACAUCGACCACGGUCGUAUCGAGACAAGUCGCGGGUUCGACUGCCACGGAGUGAAGAUGCACAACUGGCGCUCGGCAGUGGUCGCAAAGACAGGGCAUGUCUAUGCCGUUCCCUUGUGGGCCACCUCAGUGCUGAAGAUCAGCAUCGAGGGGGCCGUAGCGCAGGUCACGACUUUUGGCAAGUUCCAACCAAAGCUGGCAAAGUGGAACCAUGCUGUGUUGGCUGGCGAUGGAAACAUCUACGGCGUCCCGUACUCCGUGGGGAAGGUGUUGAGGAUUCGACCCGAUACGGAUGAGGUCUCGACGUUUGGAUCUUUUGAGCCCGGACUGGCCAAGUGGCGGGAAGGCAUCCUCGCCGUCGACGGCUUCAUUUACUGCAUCCCGGAGACCGCGGUCACCAUCCUGAGGAUUGACCCUCGCCGUGGUCGAACGUCGCAACUGACACUCCACGGACAGACGGGCGCUGGGGUAACACCCUGGCCGAUGAUUCCUGUGGAAACCGGGACCACGACCACAACGACGGUGCAGAUAAUGUGUUUUGACUUCGACUGCCCGGGGAGGUCGCAGCUGCGGGAGGACGCUGCCACGAUCGUUUGUCGCGAGGAGCCCUGUAGCCUCUCCUGCUGCCUCCGGAGCUGUGCUGAUUUCGAUUGUCCCGAGGGCUACGCGCAGAAGGCGUCUGCUGCGAGCUUCAGCUGCGCCUCAGGUUUCUGUGGCAGCAAUGAUCUGCUCACCUGCUGCGACGUGGACCUGUUCUAUCCGAACGUCUUGGUGCCGCUCCUUAUCUUCGCAUCCACUGGCUUCGCCUGCAUAUUUGCACAGACCCAGCGCUGUCGCAAAGAACGGCUUUCGUCACACAGGAAGUUCAGCAUCGCCUACUUCACUGUCCUUUUUGCCUGGGAUGUGUGCGACCAGACCGCUUCCUGGUGGCGCCUCGGUGGAAACAUUUAG